AUGACCACUUUCAAUUUGCUCUCUCUCCCCACUGAGUGUCUCACCGAGAUCUGCUCUCAUCUGUGUCUUCACUGUACUCUGCCCUUCCCUCGAUCCAUGAGCAUUUACAAAGGCUUUGACGAACUGCGUGCUCUCAAAUCAAUCUCUGAGAGCUGCCAAAGACUGCGAGCCAUUGCACAGCCCAUAUUAUUUCACGCUCUAGGCCCUCAGAACGAUUCAAAUGCCUUUCUAUGGCUCAUUGUCAGUCGCCCUGACUUGGGCGAUCGGACACGGCAAAUAAGAUUCAACUCAAAUUCCGGGGAGGACGUGGAGGUUCUAGAAGAUCUUGGAAAGAAGUUAAACUUGCUAUUACCGAACCAAACUUCCCCCGAGGGGCAUACUGCUUGGAACCUGGCUAAGCCCACGUUUGCUUUUGAGAUUCUGCUCUCCCUGUUGCCCAAUCUUGAGAGUUACACAACACCCAUUUUCUGUUAUGGUGACCAAGCAAACGAGAACACCGGACCUUUCAUGUAUUCUCAUCUCACACGACGAGCCGAACAUCUCCAUCCACGACCUGCACUUCCAUCCCUCCGAACGUUAACAAUAGCCAGUGGCUACCUUGGUCAAAGGGCAGACGACGCAUCAACACUGCAGCCGAUCGUUGCUUUAUUGAACGCGGCACCAAAUCUGCAUCGACUACGCAUUGUGCCAUUCUUCGAAGGACAUAUAUUCACAUUGGAUAACUUAUCGGAUGAAGCAUUGCAAAAGGUGAAGGUGAUGGACUUUUUGCACUUCCCCUUGACGUCGUGGAACGGCGAAAAUACAAACGCCGAAAUUCAGACUUUCGCCAGCCUAUGCCCUCGGUUAGAAGAGGUCAAUCUGUGUACUGAGUCUGACAGCAAUCCGUAUGCUGAACAUCGAGAGUUCUCACCGACUCAGAUCAUUUUAGCUCUUAGCAGAGCCAGUGCGACGCUGAAGCGCAUUGACAUUGACACAAGCGAUUCAGCUGUGACCACUGACCACGCCAAUUUAGACUCGGCUCUUUCAAGCCUAGAAUGUCUGGAGAGUUUAUCUUUGGAUGAGCAAAGCUUUUGCCACCACGGGCUGCAGGAGCCUAAUUUGAUGACGCAAGAGCACAAUGAUGCUAGCUGCAUUUCGAGUAUCUUGCCCGACACUGUCAAACACCUUUCUAUUAAGCUGGGGAAAAGCCUCAGAGCCAUCGAUGAUGUUGUUGAAUUGGGUGGCCAAGUUGUCGCUGGCAAGUUUACCAAUUUGAAUCUAGUUGACGUAGUAUUUGGCAAGUAUGCUGGCUACUCGGUGGACAUUUCUGAUGCUCAACGGGGUGUUAUUCUGGGGGCUUUCAAGGAUACUCCAGUCAAUGUUUAUUUUCGCUACGUGGCACACGAUACCGCUUAG